AUGGACGCCCAGGUAAUCCCUCCACCUGCCCCUCGCUCGUCUCCAGGCGUCAAACUCACCUUCGACUCGCAGCAGUCGACCAAAGCGUCCUUAAGCAUCGACUUUUUGAUCGUGGGCGGCGGCGUUGCUGGUCUCACCAGUGCGAUCGCUCUAACUCGCGCGGGUCACCGAGUGCUCGUUCUAGAAAAGGGUGAUGGCACAUCAAAUACGGGCCCUGGUGGCAUCCGAAUCCCGCCCAACAUGUCCAAAAUCUUCUUCCACUGGGGCUUUACUGAGCAGCUGCGGAAGAUAGCCUCAACAUCCCUGCCCGUUAUCAUGACCAAGCUCCAAACUGGUGAGAUCCUGGGAACGCAAGCCUGGAGCGCUGCGAUGUUGAAAGACACAAGAGGAGAGUUUAUGCUGACGACGGUGCGUGCCAAUCCGCUCACGAGUCAUGCCCCGCGUUUACCCCCCUUGCAUAUCGACCAGCACGAUGCCUUGUAUAAUUUUCUUCACGAGAUUGCAGUAGCCAAAGGCGUGAGGAUACGGUAUAACACGGCGGUCGCCGACAUUGACCCCGACGAGGGCGCGGUACUACUCGCUUCCGGGGAGAUCCUUACCGCCGACGUGAUAUUGGGUGCGGAUGGCGAAAGGGGGGCGUGUCGGCGGAUACUGUUCGAAAGGAAUGAACGCGUCGUCUCAACCGGCGCCGUUCUCUACGAUGUACGGUGCGAAACAUCCCUUGCAACGAGAACAGCUUCGAAGCAAGUGUUGAAAGACGUGGCCCUCGAGAAGAAUCCGAUCUUCGUUUCGUUCGGCAACAGGAGAGCUAUGACGGGCUAUCCAGUGAAUCGCGGGAAGGAGAUGGCGUUCCACUACUUCGUGUGGCAUCAGGAGGAUCCAGGAACCCAUGGGAACUAUGCUGAUCCCCCAACAACCGAGCUGCGUCGUGUGAUGAAACAACCUUGCGGAGAAAGCAUAUGGGACGUUGCGCAGAGUGCGCAGAAUGUGAUCCGGGUCGCGAUUAACCAGCACGAGAACCUCCCAACCUGGGUGCAUGACAGUGGUCGUAUGGUCGUCAUCGGCCAGGCUGCACACCCUAUUGCUCCCGGGACUAUCCAAGGAACCGCCAUGGCCGUUGAGGAUGGUGCGGUGCUCGCGAAGCUCUUCUCCCACCUCAGCAAGCGGGAGCAGAUUGGGGAGUUCUUGAAUGCCUUCCAGGAUCUUCGGCAGGCACGCUGUGAGACGUGUGUCAGAUCAGAGUUCAACUUCAUAUAUGCCAUCACUCAGGACGAUGGGCCGGAGGUUGACCUUCGGGAUAAGACGUUCCGGGAUUCACGGAAUGCAGGUAUGGAUUACCUGGAUGAGAACGGCGCGACCGAUGAGAGCAUGUCGCGAGAGCAAUGGCACGAUGUCGUGACGAUAUUUGGCUACGACUGCGAGGAUGAGGCGGACAACUGGUGGAUGGAGUGGGGACGCCUUCGGGAACGAUCGCAAGAGGCUGUCAUGAAUGGAUCGGUGCCAUACCGCGGCGGCUUCAGCUGGGGAACGAUGAGCAUCCAGGUAAAUGAGUGCAUCACUUCGCAGUAA